ACCCUAUCAGCUGUUUACAGGGAGGGAGGAGAGAGAGAGAGGGCCGCUGUCUUGCACCUUUCUUUCACCCUUAUUUACCUGUGUAGACCCGGCAGGUGAGCCCGGCAACGCGCGACAGGGCGAGGGCAGAGUGAGGCAGAGGCAGGGUGUUACAGUUCCUGCUUUGGACCAUGAACGACAAGGCAGCGCAUGACCAUGACACAGUCAGGCCAGACACCCUCGCCCUGGAGCUGGGCCAGCAGCAGCAGCAGCAGCAGGAGGAGCAGGAGCAGGAGCAGGAGGAGCCGGAGCAGGAGCACCAGCAGGAGCACCAGCAGCCACAGCUGCAGCAGCAGCAGCAGCAACAGUUACAGCAGCAACUACAGCAGCAGCAGCACCUCCACAAUCACCACCAUCAGCAGCACCAAGAACACCAUGACCAGCAGAAGCAGCAGGAGCCUGAGGAGGUUGCUCCACCCCUGCAGGAUGAGCAGAAGAUGGUGGAGGAGGGGCUUGACCCUCCCCUGGACCCCAGCCACCAAGACGAGGCCAGCCUGGCCAAGGAGCCGGGGGGGCAGCAGGCGGGGCGCAAGGUUGGGGCCAAGAGCAAGUCCAGCAUGGGGCCCCCGCCCCGGCCCUUCAAGAAGGCGCGCUAUGCCUGGGAGAUCAAGAACUAUGAGCACACGGUGAGCAACAUGACGCAGAGCCUGAGGGAGUGCUCGGCGGAGCUGCACGACGACUCGCAGGACUCCCAGAGCAGCGACGUCAACAGUGAGGGCAGCCAGGAGGACGCCCCGCCGCCCCCCCGGGACGACCUGCCCCCCACUGGCCUGGACCGGGCGGCCUUCAUGGAUCCCCGGGCCAGGGCCAGGCCAGACCUCAUGCCUCCCAUCAUGCCUGCCCCAUACCCCACCACCUAUGGCAUGAUGGCUGCCCCGCCGCCCCCGGAGGCCUGUCCCCCACCCGGUGAGGGCCCCAGGGACGGCCCCCCCAUGCCUCCAGACCCUGACGCGGGCAUCCUGCGGUGGCACGCCCGGCAGCUGUGUCGCAGCAUCCUGGACAACACCAUGAACCGUAUGCUGGAGAACAUGGGCUUCUCCCCUGUGACGGAGCGCAGCCAGGGGAUCCACCCACUGCUGGUGCUGAGCCUGAGCGACGACGAGGAGCGCGAGGCCGAGGAGGCCCAGCGUGCCCUGGAGAAUGAGGCGCUGACGGCUGCCAUGCACCACAAGGGCCUCUUCCUGCCGCCCUACCACUACGACCCCCUGGAGAGCGCCACCACCACCGACUACGACUCCUCCGACGAGGACAGUGACCUGGCCGAGGACCCCGGGCCGGAGGACCUGCCCCCCCACGAGGCCCACCUCCACCUGGCCCACCACCCUGUGCCCCGCCCACUACCCCGGCCGCCUGAGGCACACCCGCCCUCCCCCCGGCAGCCCACCCCACCGCCCCGGCCACCAGAGACAGAGUGCGAGGUGGAGGAGGAGGUCCAGGAGGAGGACCCCGGCCUGGACGCCAACAAGAACAACGUGACCACGCCAGUCCUGAGCCCCUGCCCCGAGCCCCCGGAGCCCCCCGCCCCAGCCCCCACCCCGGCCCAGCAGGAGGGGCGGGGGGACGCCCUCAAGCAGGCGCCGGGGGAGCCGCAGCACAAGGCAGAGAACGAGAACAACAACGACAAGUACUUUGUGGACCACGCCAUAGAGGUGGCCAUCAAGCACCAGGGCCUGGGCUACCAGCAGGCGUGAUGCCCCGGCCAGGCCAUAACCCCGCCCCACCCCGCUGCCCCGCCCCGUGAUGGGUUUAUGCGGGGCUCGGAAGAAGGAACGUAAAUAUUAGUCUCCCGUGGGAAGCCACACCAAAAGCGGUGUUGUCUGUUGUCGUCAUAAUAAUCGCGCUUUUUUUUACACCCGACACACACGAGUGACUGAAGGUUUUGUAAAGGGAAGUGACUGUGCUUGCUGGCGGCGUGGUGUUGGAGCCGCCCCCGCCGCCGCCGCCGCCGCCGCUGCAGAGACUGUCCGCGCGGCCCUCGUGUCUCCUAGUCUGUUUGAAGUCAUAUGUUACGUUUACCUUCCUUACCCUUACCUUAGCCUGUGCUGCAACCUACCUUAUACCACACCUUCCCUUACCUUACCUUACCUUAUACCACACCUUACCUUACCUUACCUUCUACCACACCUUCCCUUACCUUACCUUACCUUCUACCACACCUUCCCUUACCUUACCUUACCUUAUACCACACCUUCCCUUACCUUACCUUAUACCACAUCUUCCCUUACUUUUCCUUACCUUACCUUACCCUAUAACAAUUUCCUUUACCUUUCCUUACCCCAAACUAUCCUUACCUUACUUAAUCUUACCUGCCCUUACCUUAUCUAACCCACCCAAACCUAACCUUCCCUUCCCAUCCUUUCCCUUUUCAUUACCUUACUCUACCUUACCUUACCUCACCUUACCUCACCUUACCUUACCUUUCCUUACCUGUGUGCUGUUCGUUCUUCAGAGUCAUCAUACUCAUUAAUUUAGUGCACAGUAGCGAGAGUGUGUGUGUAUCUGUGUGCGUGUGUGUGUGUGUUUACGUUAUUUAAAAGCAGGUUAAUUUAUAUAUUUCUUAGUGAUACCAUAAAACCUUCCAAUUCCUUUUAAAAGAAUCCAAUCCUCUCCGUUUCCACACAUUCUCUGGUGCUGUCCUUUCCUCCCUUACUGCCCUCCUCCCCCCUUCCCCCCCUCCCCCAUACCCAUACACAGAGGCUUGACGAAGAAGGAAAGAAGAAUGAGGAGGAGAGGAAGGCGACGAGAUGUUAACGAGAAUGGUUCUGAAAAUGGUUUUGUGGUGUGAAUCUUUUUUUUAAUCAAUUAUUUUAAGACGACGCUCUGAGUUGAAAGUUGAUGCUGACACUGUGUGCGUUUGUAUGUGUGUGUGUGUGUGUGUGUGUGUGUGUGUGUGUGUAUGUAUGUUUGUGUGUGUGUACUUCCUACCCAACCCUUCUUCCCUUCCUCCUCCUCCCCCUUCCCCUCCUCAUUUCGCUUCUUCCUAUUAAAAUUUUGUCACAUAUCUGUAUCUUUAUUUUAAGUCAAGAUGAGAAGGCAUUUACUAGAUCUUUAUUAUGACAGAACAUUAUUAUUAUCGUUAUUAUUAUUUUAUUAUUAUUAUUGUGUAGGAUGCUAAAAAGUUACAAAAAAGGAGAGAAAGGCUUUAUUUAAUGUGCUUGUGUGUGUGUGUGUGUGUGUGUGUGUGUGUGUGUGUGUGUGUGUGUGUGUGUGUGUGUGUUCUGCCUUGAUGUGUUGCUUACUGGCCUGCGUGAAGAGACGAGGCAGUUUUUUUCUUUUUUUUUAGUGUUUUCAUUUUCGUCGGUGACUCAUUCACUGAUUGACAGAUAGAUAGAUUUUAUUUUAAGUGAGGCCCAACAAUUUUUUCCUUUUCCCUUUUGUUUUUUUCAUUUUCCUUUUUAUUCAUUCAUUUAUUUUUUCAAGGCAGUAAGCUGAACACAAUGGUAAUGCUGAGCUGAGGAGUGCUGUGCUGUGCUGUGCUGUGCCGUGCUGUGCUUUCAUUAAUUUCUUUACUUUAUUUCCUCUCACUGCGCAGAGAGUCCCACGUUAGGUCCAUUUUCUUUCGUGCCGAGGCAGCUUUUAUAUUUAUUAACUAGUGUCGACUGGAAUAAUGCUAAGAAUGACCACCAGGUGUUUCUGAGUCAUGACCCUGCCCCUUCCCGCUGCGAGUGAGAGAGAUGAGAGAUAGGGAGAGAGAGUAGCCACAUGUGUUCCCUGCCUCCCUCACUCAUUACAGUUCACAGGUUCAUGUUUGAGAGAGCGAGACGAGAGUGUUAGAACUAUCAUAGAAGAGUGUCUCAGUAUCUGGCAGGGAAGUCUGUGAUGAGGGCAGUCUCUUUAACAUGUGACCCUGUACCCACCCUGUCCCCUUCCCUGUCGCCCAUCCCUUCCCCAGAUGACCCUGUACCCUUCCCUGCCGCCCAUCCUUUCUUCACUUGACAGGGAGGCUUGUGUGUAAAGAUGACAGUCUGUUACUCAAUCCGAUGUGCAGUUCUCCCUUUUGUGCUCCCUUCCGUGUGAUCAGCAGGGAGGUUAUUGUGAUGGUGUAGUCUUGAACCAAAGGGGUGAUCUUGUUCCCCUCCCUGUUGCCCUGCUGUGGUCGCCAGGGAGAGCUGUGUGAUACCAGCAGUCUGUUAAACCAAAUGUACUGAUAUGUCAUCCUUCCUGUAGCUGGCUGUUAAGGGGCUGGCUGUCUUGUACCAAAUGUGUGAGUCUGUAACCAUGCCUUCAGCUCUGGUGGGUGGGAAGGCUGUGUGAUACUGGCAGUCUGUUGAACCAAAUGAGAGUCUGUCACCCUUCCUUGAGCUCUGUGGUUGGGAGGGAGGCUGUUAAGAGGUUGGCAGUCUGUUGAACCCUUCCUCUUGACAUCCCUCUCCUUAACUGACUGGGAGCUUGUGUGGUGGUGACAGUCUGUUAAACCAAAUGAGAGUCUGUUAACUUUCUUUUAGCUUGUGUUUAAGAAUAUGACAGUCUGUUGAACCCUUCCUUUUGACAUCCCUUUCUAUGGCUCCCUGCGACAGUCUGUUAAACCAAAUGAGUCUGUUACCCUUUCUUCAUUUCUGUCUGUUAAAAGUACUAUGGCAGUCUGUUCAACCCUUCCUUCUGUCCUCCUGUGCCUGCCCGGGAGUGUGUGUGGUGGCGAGUCUGUUGAACCAAAUACUUACUGCUGAUCUCUGUGGUCUGGGUGCUGGAGGUGUCUCUGCCCUUCCCGUUCAUGUGAUAGUGUGAGGGUGCGUGUGUAAGGGGCAUCGGUACACUCCAGCCACCCACUCCAUGCCCACUCCACCACCUCCCUCCUCCUCCUUCUUGUUCUUCUUUCCCCCCAUCUCCUUUUGCUGCCAUGAUAUCUGACUUCCAUGUUUCCCCAAGUCUUGUUUUCAUCUUAUUUUGUGUGUCUGUUAAGGCAUAUCAGUGUUUUUUGUUAAGUUUUUGGAUUGACAGUGUUUUUCAUAUGUGUGUUACUGAAAGACUUGGUCGUGAGUGACAGAGAGAUACAGAAAUACAGACAGGAUUGGCACACACACACACAGAGAGAGAUUUAAUUUGAAUUGACGAUGUUUUUCCAUAUGUGUGUUCCUGAAAGACUUAGUUGUGAGUGACAGAGAGAUACAGAAAUACAGACAGGAUUGGCACACACAGAGAGAGAGAUUUAGUUUGAAUUGACAAUGUUUUUCCAUAUGUGUGUUCCUGAAAGACUUAGUUGUGAGUGACAGAGAUACAGAAAUACAGACAGACUGGCACACACAGAGACAUAUUUCUGAGUGACAGGAAGAUACAGAAAUAUACAUAGAGAGGAUGUAGACACAGAAAGGGGAGACAGUUUUGAGUGACAGGUUAGAGAUUCAGAAAUAAGAUAGAGAAAUACAGUCAGGUUAGCCACACAGAAAGACUUAUUUCCGAGUGACAGGGAGAUACAGAAAUAUACAUAGUGAGGAUGUAGACACAGAAAGAGGAGACAGUUCUGAGUGACAGGUUAGAGAUUCAGAAAUAAGAUAGAGAAAUACAGUCAGGUUAGCCACACAGAGAAAGACUUAUUUCCGAGUGACAGGGAGAUACAGAAAUAUACAUAGUCAGGAUGUAGGUACAGAGAGGAGAGGCUUAUUUCCGAGUGACAGGGCAAUACAGAAAUGCAGUCAGAAUGUAGGUACAGAGAAACCAGACUUGAGACAGUUCAGAGAGAUAAGGAGGUACAGAAGUAUAAAGUCAGAAUGUAAACAGAAGUAGACAGCCUGGCAAGUUCCUGCAGCCAUGGAGAGAGUGACAUAAACCUACACCGAGGGGACACACACACACACACACACACACACACACACACACACACACAUACGUACGCACACAGAAGCUUCGUUUUUCGUGUCACCCCAACUCAAAGCCACGCACAAAUUUUUUCGUUACGGUCGUUUAGAUAAAAAAAAUUACCACUUAUAUGAAAAAAAAGACCCAGAGUGAUGUAGGAAAUGGAUGUAUGUAUGUACGAACUCACAAAGGGCUUACCGAGUGAUGGGUGUACCAGGCGUAGAGUGUACCGAGAGAUGGGUGCUGUGAGGGCCGCUGCUUGUUGCUCUUUCAUUGGGUGUGGGUUUACCGAGUGUAGUGAAGAGUGUACCGAGUUUAGUGAGGAGUGUACCAAGUGUAGUGAGAGUGUACCAAGUGUAUCGAAGAGCGUACCACCGGCCUCUUGCAGACUCAUUAUGUUCUUAUGAGUGUAUUGAAGGGUGUACCAAGUGUAGUGAAGAGUGUACCGAGUGACAGGCGUAACGAUGGUCUCUGUUCGUCACUCUUUCGUUGGGUCUUCGCUGGGUUCCGCUUGAUGUGUGACCCCUGGCUCUCUGGGGACACUGGGGGCUGGAGGCAUUCAUCUGGGGCAGUUUAAAGUAUACCCCAACCUUCCUUGUCUGUUAAAUAGCCGUCAAAUUGCCCGGUCUCAGUUUCUAUAAUCCGUCAAACCAGUGUUGUGCGUAUAAAGAAAAAUGUGACGUGUAUCUUGGCUUUAAACUGUCCUGAUAUCCCUCUAUUUUUUUCUUAUUUUGUUUUUCAUUUUUUUCUUUUUUUUUUACCCUAGUCACAUCCCCCUAUGGAAAGUGUGUCACCCUGAGAGAAGAAGGCCAGUGGUUACCCUCCUCGUACUCCUCCUCCUCCUCGUCCUCCUGAUAUAUGUGAUAACCAUAGAAUUUCGCACCAACACCGCCACCAACAACAGUCACAGCCACAAGGAUCCACGCACACGCCAGGAAACGCACACAGAAACCAGACGCACACACAAGACCCCAGUGUACAUAGCGACCCUUCGGAGUGGUGUCAAGUGUUUGUGAAGUGCCAUGAUGCCGGUGUCACUCCCCCCAUACCCCCACGAUCCCUCCCUCAUUGGCGUAGGUUGUCAGUGGGGCAUCAGCGUCAAUACCAAGGCAUUGUGUGUGUGUGCGUGUGUGUGUGUCGGAUGCAAGGACUGACAGCCGAUCGAGAGUUCCUUCCGUUCUUACCGUGUCAUAGCGCGCACCAAUUUUCUGUACAUAUUCAAGUGUGUUUCAAGUAAGUGUUCUUCGGUAAAGGGAUGUGUUUUCCGUCUUUCAGUUCCAGUACGCUUCCUCCGUUAGUCUCGAUGCACACUGUAGCAUUGCCGGGGAGGGUGUGUCGAUGUAUCCAUGAGUCACAGCUUAGUGGGCUUGUGUCUACUGUUGAUGAAGAUAAACUAUUGUGUGAGAUGUUACGAGUUCCUGUCACAUCAGAAUGGACGCGAGAGAGACUAGCAUUGCCCAGGGAAUGUGUGUUGUGUAUCAAGUAACAUCUCAUUGACUUGUGUGUUCCGUUGACUGAGAUAAACUAGUUUGUGAGAUGUUACAAGUUCCCGUCACAUCAGAAUGAACACAAGGACUGUAUCAUUGCCAGGGAAAGUGUGUUGUGUAUCAAGUAACAUCUCAUUGACUUGUGUGUUCCGUUGACUGAGAUAGACUAGUGUGUGAGAUGUUACAAGUUCCCGUCACAUCAGAAUGGACACAAGAAGGACUGUAUCAUUGCCAGGGAAAGUGUGUUGUGUAUCAAGUAACAUCUCAUUGACUUGUGUGUUCCGUUGACUGAGAUAAACUACUGUGUGAGAUGCUAUGAGCUGCCAUCACAUCACUGCAGAGGACACAAGACUGUAACAUUGCCAGGGAAGUUGUGUUGAUGUGUCCAUGAGUAACUACUUCACUGACUUAUGUGUUUUGCUGAAUGAGAUGAAACUACAGUGUCUGAUGUUACGCUGAGCUGCCGUCACAUCAGAACAGACACGAGAGACUGUAGCAUUGCGAGGGAAGGUGUUGGUGUUUCAAGAGUCAUGGCUUCAUCAGCUUGUGUGUUCUGUUGAAUGAGGUAAACAAGAGUGUCAGAUGUUACGUGGAGUUGCCAUCACAUUGCUACAGAAAACACACAAGGAAGUCACAAGAAAGCCUGUCUAAUACCUGUCAAAUUGCUGUCAGAUUACUGCUACAGAAAACACACAAGGAAGUCACAAGAAAGUCUGUCUAAUACCUGCCAAAUUGCUGUCAGAUUACCCCGUGCAGCUCUCAUCUUGAUUUCCCCUCAUCCGUAAAGUUGACAGAUAAACUAUAGGUGUCAUGUUACGCAGAGGUGCCGUCACAUUACUGCAGACACACACAAGAAAAGAUGUCCCCUGUGCAAGCCUGAGCAGUGAAAGGCUUAUGUGUAAUGUGCAAGGCCUGAGCAGUGAAUGGGUUAUGUGUAUUUAUAAGGACAGGGCAGUGAGAUACUCCAGUCAGUCAUCUGUGUCGCUAAGCUCACAAAUACAGACUGAAACGAUUGAUAUGACUUAAGAGAACGACUUAGCUUGUGCUGCUGAUGCUGGGUGAGGCAGUGCAGGAGAGUGUGCGUGUAUGUGUGUGUGUGUGUGUGUGUGAAGCUGAUUUAACCAAGAACUGCUCACUGUGUUACAAGUUAAGGUGCACAUGACUAAAGUAAAAAAAAAAAUACACCUCUUGCCGUGAAUUUCCGUGGAGCAAUUGACAAUGAGGAAGAGGGAAAAUUAGAGAGGUAGAAGACUUAUUAGGUUAUGGAGUGUGUGUGUGAGAUGAAGCAAGAGUAGAUCUGAGACUCGCAUACGUAAACAAAAGGAAGAUGGUGCAAGGUGUUCCCUCCUCUUGUACCUUCGGAAAUAUAAAAGAAAAAGGAAUGAAAGAAAAAGGACAUAACGCUACGACACCAUGCUGCUGCUACUACCACCACUACCACUACCACUACUACUACUACUACUACUACUGCUGCUGCUACUGCUUGAAGGCGACAAUGAUGAAAGGUUCUCGACGGUUCUCCUCCGAGGGUGUUUUCCUUCUGGUGCUCAAACGGACACAGAAAUCGGGCGCCACCGCUGGGUACAGACGGCCACGCCACAGACGAACUCCAUCGUUUCUUUGUAUCACGCCACAGAUCGUCAGAAUUACGCUUUUUUUGUAUUGCCGGAAUGGAGAAAUUGAGCUUCUUUUGUAAUCGUGCUACACAGACAAGCUUUUUUUUUUACCGUAUUCACGCACAGACUUGUCGGAUUUCACUCGUUGCUUCACAGACUAACUGAAUCUCUCUUUUUUGUCUGGAAGUCCGAUUUUCCUCUGUUACGCUUCACCACAGACAGACAGACGGAUAGACAGACGCAUAAUUUCUCACCGCACCGAUCCACAGACUCGCUGGUUACGUUGUUGUCGCUGUGCUAUCUCGUAGAUGAGUGUAAUCAAAUUUUAUUUAUUAUCUGAAUUAUGAAUGUUAGUUUUAUUAUUUAUUGGGUGGAAGAGUUGCGAGGAUGUGCUGAUGUGCUAUACAGACGAGGGCCGUGCUGGUGGUGCUGGGCGGACGGUGUUUCCCCUGUGAUGAUAACUACACUGGAUGGUCCCCUUAAGUGUCUCUGGGCCAGUGUUGAUAUAGAACUCGGGAUGGUCCCCUUAAGUGUCAGUGGACCAGAGUUGAUAUGGUAAUACUAGAUGGUCCCCUUAAUGAGUCUAUGGGCCAGCAUUUAAACUACACUGAAUGCCCUUCUCUUCCCAUCCUGUUCUCUUUAAAUGUCUUUUCUAUUUCUCUUUCUCCUCUUUCCUUCUUUGCCUUCCUUCCCAUGAAUGUCACUAUCAUUUUCCUCCUCCUCCUCCUCCUCCUCCUCCUCCCUUCCCUUUCUCUUUCUUUUCCUUCCCUUCCCUUUCCAUCCAGGCCUCUUUCUUUCUCUUUCCUUUAAUGUUUUCCUCCUGAGUGCUGUUGCCUUUUUUCUCCUCCUUUUCCUCCUCCCUUCCUCUUCUUUGUCCCUUCCUUCCCUUUCCAUCCUGACCUUUCUCUUUUCUUUCUCCUCAUUCCUUCUUUCUCUUUCUUUUUCCUAUUACUUCUCUUCCCAUCCUGGCCCUUUUUUUUCGGCUUUCUCCUCUUUCUUACUCUUUCCUUCCCUCCCCUUCUCUUUUUUCCUCCCUUCCUAUCUCCUGUUUCCUUAGCUUUUCUUUCAUUCUCUCUCCUUUGUUAUCCCCAUCACUAUCACUCCUCUUCCUCCUCCUCCUCAUCUUCCUUCCUUUCCCUUCCCAUCCUGACCGAGCAAAGCAAUCUCCUGCCAUCUGUUAAACCCCAGGGUUCCAUUGCGUUUUUUUCUUUAUUUUCUCCGCCCCUUCAGACGCUGGGUUGGUUGGUCGGUGCGCUGGAGGGAGAGGCCAAAGAGUCUAUUAGGGUCUCUCAAAGGGGGUGUUUAGCGUAACUGAGAUGAGUGGAAGUGCGAUACGAUUUUUUUUUCUUCUUUGUUAUUUAUUUAUUUUGCUAUUUUUAUGUACUUUUAUUUAAUUCUUGUUUUGCUGUCUUUUUUUUCCCCUCAGUCUUCCUUUUUUCUCUUAUAUCUUGCUUUCCUCUUUUUUUUUGGUCUUUGUAUAUUUUUUGUGUUUUUAUUCAUGUCCUUUUAUUUAUUUCUUGUUCUGUUCUGUCUCUUUUCUUUCUCACAUUCUUCCUUUUCUCCUUUCUUCUUUCUCUCCCUAUUCCUUUUUUAUUGUCUGCUACAUAUAUAUUUUGGGGGGGAUUUAGUUUCACAUUCUUUUAUUAAAUUUUUGUUUGUUUUUUGUCUUCUUUUUUUGCCUAUGCUUAAUUUUUUGUUUCUUCUUUUUGUCACAUACUUGUUCAUGUUUUGUACCUCCUUCAUCCUCUCUCUCUCUCUCUCUCUCUCUCUCUCUCUCUCUCUCUCUCUCUCUCUCUCUCUCUCUCUCUCUCUCUCUCUCUCUCUCUCUCUCUCUCUCUCCUCUCCAUUUUCUUUGUUUCUUCUUUUAAUUACAUACUUAUUCAUCCUCAGUGCCUCUUUCAUUCUCUCCCUCUCUCUAAAUCCGUUUCCACAUAAUGCAUACCAUCUCAUCUUGGUCUAUCUAUCUAAUUACUUCUAUCACUUUUAAUUUAUUCCCCUCUAUCAACUGCUUUUCUUUAUUUACUCGCCCUGUGUUGAAGUCUGUGUGUGUGUGGGUGUGUGUGUGUGUGUGCGGCCCUGUGACACAGUUCCGAGGCGAGACGCAACACUCCGUCACUGCGCCCAGACUUGUUUACUUGGGUUCAGUUCGCUAGUCUCGGCGUACAACUGUUUUAUUUAAGUCCCGUACAUAACGUCUUCAUUCGCCUGUUUCCCUUUUGUGUUCUUCGCUCUCUCCUCUUUCUUACUCUUUCCUUCCCUUUCCUUCCGUCUACUCUAUAUCUAUCUAUCUUUUAUCUACCUGUCUAUUACCUGAAGAAGAGAGUGUGAAAGUGAGUCUUUUUUCUACCUCUUCCUGCUCCUUUUCUUUUCUUUCAUUAUCUUUCCUUUGUUAUUCCCAUCACUAUCACUCCUCUUCCUUUUAACACGGUAAGAGAGUGAAGUGGUUUUCCUAUCUUCGUCUUUCCGUGCAGCUUUUGUUUUGCUUUCUUUAUUAUCCUUUUCUCUGUUGCUAGUCUUUGUUUUGUGAUUUUUUUCUGAGUUUUCUGGUUCCGUUUUUUAUGUUUUUCCUGCGUUUCGGUUAUUUUUGUUAUUUUUGUUGUUAUCUCUCAUUUCGUUCAUCUCUUCUUUCCUUCAUAUCUCUAUCUCUGUUUUAGCUACGCUUCAUAUGCUUUUUGUUAUUGCUUUUGUUGUCUGCCUCUCCUCUUUUUCUAGUUUAACGCUUUCAUCGUCUGUCUUUCUCUGUCUUCAUUCCCUUGUGUUUCUUAUUCCUUGCUCCACUUGUCUUUUUCUCUCUGUCUCAGUAUAUCUCUUUCUCUGUAAACUUCCCUUAUUCUUUGUUCCAUGUCUGUUUCUUUCUCCUUCUGUCCCUUUUUCAGUCUCUGUGUCUGCAACUUUCUCUCUGUCCCUUAGUCUCUGUCUGUCUCUUAGUUUCUCUCUUUCUUUCUAUCUCAAUAACUUCCUGUAUGUUUUCCUACAUCUCUCUCUCUCUCUCUCUCUCUCUCUCUGUCUGUCUGUCUAUCUGUCUCUGAACAUUUCCCUGGAUUUCUCACUCUUUCUCUGUAAGUUUUCCUGCAUUUCUCUCUCUGUAUGUUUUCCUGCAUUUCUCUCUCUGUAUGUUUUCCUGCAUUUCUCUCUUUCUGUCUGUCUGUCUUGGUUUCUUUCUUUCUCUCUGUACAUUUCCUGGCAUCUCUUUCUCUCUUGUCUGUCUUGGUCUCUUUCUUUCUCUCUCUACAUUUCCCGGCAUCUCUCUUUCUGCCUGUCUGUCUUGGUCCCUCUCCCUGUACGUUCCUUCGCCUUCUCUCAAGAGUCGGCCAAGACCAGCAGCCUCACCAGGAAGCUUUGGCGAGCCUCACAAACUGAACGAUACUCACUGCACAACGGACAACUGUGUGAUCCAUGUAAAAACAAAAACAAAACUUAAAAAAAAAAAAGAAUUGGUAGCUUUAUAUAAAUUUUAUCGUUGGGUGAUAGGGAGAAUAGGAAACAUGUGGCUUUGUACUAUACCCCGAGCUGUAAAAUGACUAGAAAUAAAAAAAAAUGUUCUA